GAGGCGUCGGUAACGGCCGAGGGAGGCGUCGCCGCCGCCACCAUUGAAUGAAGGAAGGUUUGUGUGUGUGAGAAGUGAAAGAUGCCGCUCGGCCUGAAGAGCAAAUGGAAGCACAGGUCGCGGGACAGCAGCACCUUGGUGGAGAACGAAGGCGGGCCGGGAUGGAGGGGCGGCCGCGGCGGAGGCGGCCCGGCUUCACCAGGAGCGGUUGGGGGGCUCCCGCCGGCGCCCGCCCGCCCCAAGCUGGUCUUCCACACGCAGCUGGCGCACGGCAGCCCCACCGGCCGCAUCGAGGGCUUCGCCAACGUCCGAGAACUCUACGCCAAGAUCGCCGAGGUGUUCGCCAUCCCCGCCGCCGAGAUUUUGUUCUGCACAUUGAACACACACAGAAUAGACAUGGACAAACUCCUCGGAGGGCAGAUUGGUCUGGAAGAUUUUAUUUUUGCACACACGAAGGGUCUCAGGAAAGAAGUGGAUGUGUUCAAAGCCGAAGAGGCUCUGGGAUUAACCAUUACUGAUAAUGGAGCAGGAUUUGCUUUCAUAAAGCGUAUCAAAGAGGGCAGCAUCAUCGACCAAGUCAAGGUCAUCCUCGUCGGCGACCACAUCGAGUCAAUCAACGGCAAGGGCGUGGUGGGCUGUCGCCACUACGAAGUGGCCAAGAUGCUGAAGGAGUUGCCGAAAGGCAAGGCCUUCACGCUGAAACUGGUGGAAACUACAAAAGCCUUUGAUGUGAUUGAACCCCGAUCACGAGGAAAGCCAGGGGGUGAGGGCAAGAUCGGCACAGGAAGGGGAACACUACGAUUACGUUCGAAGGGACCUGCAACUGUGGAGGAAUUGCCUACUGAAUUUGAAGAAAAAGCCAUUAGUAAAGUGGACGACCUGCUAGAAAAUUAUAUGGGUAUAAGGGACACAGAACUCGCUGCAACCAUGGUCGAGGUCGGCAAGGACAAGAAAAACCCGGAUGAAUUUGCAGUGGCACUCGAUGAAGCGCUGGGCGACUUUGCGUUUCCAGACGAGUUUGUUUUUGAUAUUUGGGGAGCAAUAGGUGAUGCAAAGAAGGGAAGACUUUAGUGCUGACACUUCAAUAGGGAUGAAUAGGCAGCGUUUUGAAACUCUUCAUUGAUUAUUCCUUUUUUAAAAAAAAAUGUCAAAUGGACUCUGCAGCCUGAAUAGCAGAGUGAGCACAUUUUUAAUUGAUGUGUUCAAUUUGUCCUGCGAGUUCAUCGAAAGAAUAUCCAGUAAACCACAGGGUACCACCCUCACCCUCUGCCACUAUCUUCCCACCGGUUGUUGGGUUAAAGGCAAGCUUAUCUUUAUUAAUCUCACACUUUCCCGACAGGUCUCGAUAAACUAUUGAUUGGUUUACCGUGUCUGUUUCACCCUGGUUACCACUAGAGAGCAGUGCGAGAUGCUAUCAUUAAGGCACACGAGACCCAUGUAAACCUUGAUGGCUAUUUAUCACUGGGCAAAGUGUAGUAAAAAAAUUCGAGAAAGGUUUACUUCAGUGAAUAAUUAAACAACAAGCCCAGUUAGAAGCGAAGGCCUGUCGAAGCGUAACUGUGAAUAUAGAGCGUUUUAAAAAUGUAUGCCACCCCUGGUUAAUUUUGGUGGUAGCACUAAGGAGAUGUAAAGUGUGUUGCUCAUGUUGGCAGUUCCCAUCAGAAUCCUAAAUAAAGCAGGCACCAAUAUACAUCACAUAUUAUAAAUGGUAUCGGACCAAAGAUUUUCUAAGAAUGUUUCCCCUCAACCCAGUGGUGGUUUUGUCUAUUUUUUAAACAUGUGGGCCUAAUGUAUCUGAUCUUCGUACAAAGAAAUGCAAGCCAAAAAAAGGUGUUUUUAUAACUAGUCUCGUUUUCUAAAUUUGAAUGCCUUAAUUUGAUUUACCAUGGUGUGCCUGAUAGCAUGUGGUUUUUAGGAGCAAAUUGCUUGGUAAUUUUUGGGGAUGAUUGGUACCAGGGCAGUCGAUUAAACUAAUAUUGGAUAGGAUUUCUAUUGUUAGUAAUAAAUCUCGCACCUCCCGUUUUGGGUUCAUUUAAUCUGUAAAUACACAUUGCCCAUUGACUUGCCUGAAUGUAGGUUGGAGUUUAAUUGUGGCAGUUGUGGUUGUCGUUACCUGGGUCGAUGUUCUUGUCUGAACCACCUACCCCUUCCACCAAUUCAAGAGCCGGCCUUUGAUACUCAAUGGUGAAGACUCAGCCAGGACUUCCCAAACAGAACCAUUUUUAUAUAAUCCUUGAUCGGUGAGUCAAACUGUAUAACUUUUUUCACUCAUUGCUUGGGGAAAAAAGUUGACUUCACUUUUUAAUGCGUUGUGCACUCGAUUAUAAUUAACGAGAUUGCAUCGUGCAUUGGAUGUCCAUAAUCGUAAACAUCUUUAUUUAUUUAAACUCUUUCGUUCUACAUCCUGAUGGAUUUGUGUUGUUAUUGCUAUGAUUUUUUUCAAUAUGGUAUUGGUUCUUAAUACAUUUUUUAUAUAUCUUAUAACUCUAACUGUAGCUUAAAAUUAAUCUUUUACCUCAAAAACCGUUCUCAAAAGAGCAUCCAAAUUUGGUGUCAAUGUUAGGGUCUGGGGUGGUAGAUUUUUCUGAAGUGGUCCAUGCUACAUUAUUGAGGUGUGUUGCAUAGCCCCAUGCAUCUCUGGGUGUGUGGCAUAGCCCCAUGCUACAUCUCUGGGUGGCCUACGUAUUGGGUCUGGUGUGGCCCACUCUACAUGUAGAGGUGUAUGAUGGCCAAAGUAUGUACUCGAGUCACAGGUAUAUGUGGUUGGAGCUACACCAAGCCAUAGAUAUAAUGCCACAAACAUUCCCAUCAUGACCUAUUGAUGCCUGGAAGUUCACCGGCCAAGGAGGCAUCACCUGCCAUCUCCACUCCUCCACCAAUCUGUCCAAAUUCGCACCUUACAAAUAACUGACUUGGAGGGCGGGUCUAAUUCAUGAUUCAAAAUUUGGAUGCUUGAAAUCUUAUGGGAUCAAAACACAGCAAACUUUCUUCUGCACUUUCAAUAAAAGGGAAAAAUAGUUACUCCCAGUGAAAAUGACUUCCCGAGCACUGAUUUAUUAAGCGUACGCAGUGCAAAUGGAGCGUCAUAACUGGGCUUCGAAAGGCCACAAAAAUUAUAAUGACUACUUUGCCGAAAGCAAUGCACCUGUAUUGAACUACUGAAAACAAGAAAUGAUUUACACUACAUCAUGUUAAAAUGCCUUCUGUAAAAAUUGUUUUCUAUUAAAGUUUUUUUGACAAA